UCUAUAGUAGCGGCUAUCGAUACGAAUUUCGGGGGUAAAUAACGAAAGAAAUGUCGCUUCUGUUUGCUUUUUUGUUGAUUUUAAGCUGCAACUGCAGCCUGUUGCUUGCCAAAAACAAAAACAUAAGCUGCGAGCACCUGGUGGGCCGUCUGGGCAAUUGUCAGAGUCAUUUUGUCUACUGCGCGACCACAAAGUCCGUUCCGGUGAGGCUCUGCGUUGGCUGUGAACCGGAGUACAGGAACCUCACCCACAGCUACGACGAGCUGCUCUCCAAUGCAAACUGCUCCAAAAUAUAUCUCGAUUCGGAUCGCAUCAAUGUGGUGGCCACCACCCAGGGCAUACUCACAAAUCUCUGGCAAAAGGCCAGCUGCGAGGAUUGCUACAAUGGCAAUCACUCGGAAAUGUAUGAUGAAAAGUGGGUAAUUCUCGAUGGCUGCCUCAGUGCAAAUAAAGAUGAUCCGUGCACAGCCUGCAAGGGUGAUUACAUCGAACUCAACCAAUUCUACUUGGGCAUGGAGAAGGCCAACAAGGGACACGUGUGCUUUGAUCUACAGGACAGAAUGAAUCGCACUCGUUCGAAUUGGUCGAAAACGUUGAAAUGCUGCCAGCGGGAAGUCAAAUUGAAUACCUUCAUCAUUGCCGUCUUUGUGGUGGUCCUGCUGCCCAUUCUUACCUUCUACAUCACCGCCAUUGUGCUGACCAGGCGACGGGAGGCGAAUCACGGACUCCUCAACGAGGAGACUCCCGAAUUGGAUGCGCCAACAACUUCUGCUCUCAUCACCGCCGCUGUGCUGUCUACGGCCACGGAACCGCCAGUGGCAAUGGCAGCCAACACGGAGAAGAUUGCCAGAGUGUUGAGUGGCGCAGACAUCGACUCUGAAUCGGACUCCAUGUUGGAUUCCAGCGAUGAGGAGGUGUUGGUGAAACCAAGAAGAGCCUAAAGGGAACGUAUUCCCUUUUUGCGAAUUAUUCUAAAAAUCAUUCAUAAUCCCCUCUACUGAAGAUUCCCCCAAGAUUCUUCCUUCAUAAAACAUAUUUUCGAAUGUGUGUGAUAUCUCUGAAUAAAAGUAUCAACCACUUUUUUAUAUAGAUUUGUAA